CCUGGGCGAGGAUUUCUACCGGGAGGCCAUCGAGCACUGCCGCAGCUACAAUGCCCGCCUGUGUGCUGAGCGCAGCAUGCGCCUGCCCUUCCUCGACUCGCAGACGGGGGUGGCCCAAAACAACUGCUACAUCUGGAUGGAGAAGACCCACCGGGGCCCAGGUGGGACUACGCCGGGUGUCCCUGAGCUUUCCCGGGAGGAGGGUCCCUGCUGUGGGUGGAGAUCUCAGCGGCUUCUCUCCCUCCUCCUCGUGGCCCGCCUCUGACCUCCCCCCCACCGCCCAGAUUGUGAGCCCCCCCUGAAGAAGGAGGGGGGUCUGCCCGAGGGGCCAGUCCUGGAGGCCCUGCUGUGUGCGGAAUCCGGGGACAAGAAGCCGGAGCUGAAGGAGGAGGAGCUGGCCUCGGACUGCCAGAAGGCACCUGUCGGGGAAUUCCUGCAUGAUUUGGACCCAGAAGACCUGGAGGACGAUGCGCCCCGCAGGAAGAACAAAGCCAAGGAGUUUUACAAAGAGCUGAACUGGGUCCCAGAGAACCAUCGCAGGAACACAGCUAAGAAAGCCCCGGACGGCACAGUCAUACCAAACGGUUAUUGUGAUUUCUGUCUAGGCGGCUCCAAGAAGACUGGCUGCCCCGAGGAUCUCAUCUCCUGUGCAGAUUGUGGGCGCUCAGGGCAUCCAUCCUGCCUGCAGUUCACCGUG